AUGGCGCCUAAGAAAAAGGGAGAGGGGAAGAAGAAGAAGAAGAAGACAGAUAUCGAGACAGCUUCUAAGGCCAUAGAGGAAGUCCUAACAGAGACCCGGGAGUUCUACCAUAUCCAAAUCCGGGACCUGGAGAAUCGGCUUGACAGGUACAAAAAGAAGUGGGAUGAGUUGUUCCAACAGGACAAAGUGUUCCAGGAGGAGUUUGACCAGCUGGCCCACAACAAAAAGGAGGUUGUUUCCUUCCUGAAACGAACUCUCAACCAACGUAUAGAUGAGAUUGCUGACCUUAAUUCUCAGCUGCAGGGACUGCAGAUCUCUAAAGAGAUGGAGAAGGAUGCCUUUGAGGCCCAGCUGGCCCAGGUACGCCAUGAGUUCCAGGAGACCAAAGACCAGCUCACCGUGGAGAAUAUCACGCUAGGGGGUAAGCUGGCUGCCCUUGAGGAGUUCCAGUUCCAGAAAAGCGAUCUCUUGGCCAAGUUUUCCCUUUUGGAGGAACAGCUAAAGAAGCAGCAAGAUGACUACAAGUCUUAUAUUUACCACAUGAAAAAGAAAGCUUUGAUGGAUAAAGAAAGACUUCGGAAGGACAUAAUCCAUCGUAUGAAUACAGUGGCAGCUGAGUUUCGCAGGGUUUCUAGCUCCCAGAUGGCAGAGACAACAAAAAGAGCUAUCCGGGAGAAUGUGGCGGUGGCUCUGGAUCUGGCCAGAGUAAAUUCUGGAAACUUGGAGCAGCUAAAGGAGAAUGAUAAGCUAAAAGAGUCUAAGUUGGAGUUGUGCAAUCAGCUGGCCCUUCUGGAGAAAGAUGAAAAGACCAUGGUCAAAAACAACCUUACUCACAUCAAGAUAAUCCAACUUCUUUCUGAAAAGUACCAUGAGCAGCAGCAUGCAGAAGUGGAAGUUGACAAGCUUCGGAUAAUAUUGAACCAGGCAGAGGUUGCUUUUCAGCGGAUGGAGGAAGACAACAAAGAGCUAAAGGACAGGAUAGAAAGCUUGAGGAGGCAACUGAAUAGUCAGAAGACAGAGGAGAAGAGACUGACAAGGGAGCUGAAAACAGAGAAGGAAAAUCGGCAAAGCCUGGAGAUUUUGCUGACCAAAGCCACCUGCCACCUCCAGGACUUGCUAAAGACACGCCCUGAGAAAACGAAGGCUGGCGAGGUCGACCUGUUAUUCCAGCUGGGGAGGAAGGAGAUGCUUCGGCAGCUGUUGACUAUGCUGAAUGAGGCUGUGGGGGUGGGACCCCGUGUCCCCGAGUUUCUGCCUCCCCCGAUUAAGUCCCCCUCGAUCCAGUCCUUCUUGACCACUAUUGAGGAGAGUUCUCAGCAGCCUGAGCCCCCACCUCUGCUCCAGCAACUGGCCGACAUCCAGCCUUACAGGCUUGGGGAUUUGGGCCUGGUGCCCCGUCCACCCUCAACCACAGAGGUUGUCCAAGAUGCGGCUACAUUCAGAAACCUUAGGCCUGUUAAGGCCUUCAGCAACCCUGAGAUUCCGAGCCCUCGAAUUUUGAGUGGGCUCAAGCAGGUCAGCAUGCCAGCUUUCCACCUGCACCCCAGUUGGGGGGGACAGGAGGAAUAG